UCUGCUACUGCCGCAAGCUGUGCGAGCCACCUUGCGUCCAUGCGCGCGCGCCGGGGCCGAGAAACAGCACCAGGUCCCCGUCCACGGGGACGGUGCGCUUCCUCCGCCGCGCAGAAAGGAGGAGGACGCCGACGCACCUCGCCCCCAUCCGGAUCCAGAUCUAUCCUUUCAUUUCACCAUGCCAUCGAAAGCUUCCAUGCUCUUGCUGGUCGCCCGUGCCGCCCGCUCAGUUGCGGCGGCCACAGGUCGCUUUGCCCGUGUGGCUGAGCAGGCCGCCCUGCCUCCCAAGGCGAGGGCGACGGCGGCGGCAUCUCCUGCUCCAGAUCGUGUUGGCGCCGCAGAUCUUCUCCUGCAUCGUUCAGCCGCCGGCUCACCUCCCCCCGCCGCGGCUGCAACUCCCCCCGCCGCGUCUGCAGUUCCCCGGGCCAUCAACGGCGGGAUCGGCCCCGGAAUCCGGUUAAAUGAGGUACUCAUGCCCAAAGCAAAAUUCGUGGCACAAGAGAAGGACCUUGAAUCGGAUGAAGCCAUGUGGGCCCUGUAUGAGCGCUGGUGCAAGUUUUUUAACCAGAAGCGUGACCGGGAUGAGAUGGUUCGCCGGUUCAACAAAUUCAAGGACACUGCGCGGCUUGUCCACCGUACCAACAAUGAUAAUCUGCGCUUCAAAUUGGCAAUAAACAAAUUUGCUGAUGGAAAGCUCAGGGAGAAGUGUGCUAAUCCUGAUGGCCAUGUUGUUAUGAUUGCGAAGAAGGUUGGCGAGUCACCGACAACGGUUCUUCUCAGACCUGGAGACAGAUUUUUGAGAAAAGUCUAUGCAGAUUACAAAGUGGUCAAUGGAAAAGUGUUUGUGUUCUAUCCUCCUAAGGGCAGCAAAAGAGGAUGUUAUGAGGAACUCUCUGUCGAGUAUGAAGUUUUUGAUGGCAGAUUGUUUGUGGAUCUACCUGAGGGGCAUGAGCUGGUAAUCCCAAGUGCCGACCUCCUCUGAAUCUGGUGUCCUCCAUGCAGCGCCACCAACCCUAUUUAGGGAAAGUUGUCCUGCUGCUAAAAUAAAAAGGACUCGCCUAUGCCUAUGUAUCCUUCGCUUGUGCAGUUGUGUUAGUUCCUUCUGCUGAAGAAUGCUCAAGUUGUAGUUGUGGGGGUGCUUUUUCAAGGCAUGCAUAUGUGCAACAAAUUGCACUUCUAUGUAAGUCAUUGCAUAUGUAAACCAUGCUUCUGUAAGGUAUUUCUAAGUUUACCUAAGGGCCUAUAAUGGUUCCAGAUUCUUCCAGGUGCUCUAACUGGUUAAAGCUUCUGCAAGGACACUAGUGUUGGAAAUUCAGUGUGUUUCAGCCCGUUCCGUCA